AUGGCAAAGGUCUUUCAGGAUGCGCGUUGUGUGAAAUUAGUCGACAAGUGGACCACACGUACGAAGGCGCCGAAUCCGGAAAUGGGUGCCGAUAGACAGGGAUCACAGUUCCUGCUCGAGACGUACGAUCAGUUCGAGACAGUCGAGCAUCAAUUUGAUGUUCAGGUCAGUUCGGGUGGGUAUUUGUACCUGGUGUGGCGAAGCUCGUGCAAGGAGGUUACACUGCGUGUGUCUGGGUUUGUUUCUCAGAUGAGUCUUCUGCCCCCUUUCAGGUGCUCAUUCAGGCUGCUGAGGGGAAAUCCGAAUCUCGCUCUGCAGACUGUUGUGGUUGCCGAGACACGUGUGCUCACGCCUAUGGUGGAAGCACCGUUGUUUGACAGUGCCGAUCUGAACAUGGUUAUUGACCCGUAUGGUGCAUUGGCAGAGCUAGUUGCUGGUGGAAGGCUCUCGUGGACAUCAGACAAUGUCGUGUCAUGCAUGGAGCUGAAGGGCGAGUAUGAUGACAGGUGGUCUACUCCUGUGCAGUCAUCCCUUGACAUGGUGCAUGCUGGUGAGCUCGUUGAGCUUUCAGUAAACUUUCGGCUUCGUGAGCAUGUGAGUCCAAAUGGGGAAAACGUGGGUCGCAAGUUUCUUACACGACUUGACACUGUCAUGAUUGUAAGUCGCUUGGGGAUGAAGCUGAUUGCGGACUGCGAGUCAGAGCACUUGUCGAUGAUGCGUAUUGCUGCUGCGGCUGAUAACACUGGUGGAGGUAAGGCUCCGAAGAAGAGACGGUUCUCUUACCUCCAGUCUGUGCCUUCUGUUUUAACCAGUACUGAACAACACUUGAAUUUGCUGACAGUAUUGGACAAGACAGAUGAUGUAGAUCAGGUAAUGAAGCCGGUGGGAUAG